UGCAGGAGUGCGGAAAAGGAAGUGAAGGGGACUGAGUGGGCCUCCUUAUGUAGUUGAGAUUGGCCUUACACUCACUAUGUAACCAAGGCUGGCCUCGAACUUGGCAGUGAUCCUCCUGCCUCAGCGUGCACCACCAAACCUGGGCAAAAAACCCCUAAAAAAACUAGAAUGAAAGUUGCUAAACUCUCUCCUCUCGACCAAUGUGUUCGCACUACGUCGCUGGGCCAGAAGAUAAUUGGAGGGCUCCUGGGCCCCGUCACUCGGAGACUCCUCCCCUCGCUGCUUCCGAGCUGGACGCUUCUGACCGGAGCAGAGCGUUUGCGGAGUGUUGUGCAGGCACUUACGCUUAGAUUCCAAAUGAAAAUGUUUGAGAGUAUUGACUGCGCAGCCACAAACUCUGGCAGGGAUCUCUGGUCUGAAAUCUGUUCCUGUCUACCAAAUCCUGACCAAGAAGAUGCUGCAUACAAUGCCUUCUCGGACUCCUUUGUAGAUUCUUACCCUGUGGGUAAAGACCAGGGGGAAGCAGCAGACUUUGCUGUCCAGUCAGCUAUAAAGCCCUGGGCUCCCUUGCAGGAUUCAGAAAUGUAUUUAGCAUCUCUAGAGAAGAAACUAAGAAGAAUCAAAGGUUUAAAUGAGGAAGUGACUUCUAAGGACAUGCUUCGAACCCUGGCCCAAGCCAAGAAGGAGUGCUGGGAUCGGUUCCUCCAGGAGAAGUUAGCAUCAGAGUUCUUUGUAGAUGGACUGGAUUCUGAUGAAAGGCAAAGACCCCAGCUACAUCCCAUUCACACACUGAAUAGAGCUGAGGAGAGACCACUAUCUUCAUUUAUAGCACCUUGGAACAUUUCAAGAGGUGGCUGCAGCCAGAUAAAGUAGCCAUCAACACAGAGGAAGUCCAAUGCCUGAUCCCUCCAGAGUCACAGGCUGAGAAGCCAGCAGCCGAGGACAAGGCAGCAGCAGCAGAACAAUAAAACACACACACACACACACACACACGCACGCACGCACGCACACGCACACGCACACGCACACACACACGGCAGCUAUCUGGAAUCCAGAGGGAGCAGCCGAGAGCCCACUGGUGGCAGCAGCAAAGAGAAAUCCAGGGAGGGGAAAAGUCCAAACUUCCACAAGGCAUACAAGCCAUGAGGACUUGCUUGGUGCUGACCUGUGUGACUGUCUUGGGUGGAAUAAUUGACCAGCACAUGCUGGAUCAAAAUUCUGCCUUCCAUGGGCCGGGGAUUUAGCUCAGUGGUUUCACUGCCUGCUGCACAAGCACAAGGACCUGAAUUCAAUCCCCGGUACCACAAAAAAGAACAAAAUUCUGCCUUCCUCAAUGUCUCCUGGCUUGUUGGAGCCCUGGUGCUACAAGCUAGAAGUCUGCUGAGGACCUAAUGAAGAACUGAGUGUUAAAGUGCUUGGCAGCACGGAUGCCCUGAUGUAUAAUCCAUACAUUAAGCAAGCCAUAGUUUUCCUGGCCUCUUCUGAAUAUGGGUGCCUGUGUCCUUAACAUCCCCUGGGUUUAUUGUCGGGGCAAGUGGGGCCAGGGAGUGCAAAGUUGGCCUCCUGGGAACUAAGCCCAUGUGGGCUUUCUCUAAGAAAUCUUUAGUAAAAAGAGACUUUGGGAAAGAGA